AGAGAGGCGCUGUUGCUGUGGUGUCGACGGUCCGUUGGUUUGAACUUUACAGUGUUUUAUAUCGCACCGAAAAGGGGAAAAGGAAACUUCACUGUUGUUUUGAUGUCGUACGACGAUCGGUGACUAUCGAGAUGGAGGAGAGGGCUCGCAGCUGCUUGCUGCGCUCUAAGACAGUCCUGGAGCAGGACAUCAAGGCUUCCUACCUCAUGGACCACAUGAUCAGCGAUGGGGUCCUGACUGGAGAUGAAGAGGAGAGGAUACGCAGUAAGGUCACCAGAAAGGAGCAGGCUUCAGCACUGUUGGAGACACUGUUAUCCAAGGACAACAGGGCGUACAUAUCCUUCUACAAUGCGCUGAUCCGUGAGAGCUAUGGAGACCUGGCUGGGAUGCUUCAUGGUGACCUGCCUCAGCUCAGCCCUGAGGGGGAAAAGAGUUACAUCAAUGGCAUCUCUUCUUCAGUGCAUGUCAUCCUGAGUGAGGGUGGUGUGCCCCAGAGGCCCAUGGUGUUUGUGAACCGCCCGGGUCUGCUUAACCGGCUUCGGGAAAAGCUGAACCGACUUCAAAAGGGUCCUGGAUGGGUGACAGUGUUCGGCAUGGCUGGAUCGGGGAAGUCUGUGAUAGCCGCAGAGGCUGUGAGAGACCAGGUUGUGAUCAAAGAGUGUUUUCCUGAUGGAGUUCACUGGCUGUCAGUCGGGCAGUGUGAGAAAGCAGAUCUCCUGGUGAGGAUGCAGUCUCUGUGUUUCAGGCUGGAGCAGAGUUCAGACGCGUGUUUAAGGCCACCCAGCUCAGUCGAGGAGGCCAAAGAGCGCUUGCGCUUUCUCAUGCUGCGCAAGUUUCCCAGAUCUUUGCUGAUCCUGGAUGAUGUGUGGGACAGUUACGCUCUCAAGGCAUUUGAUAUCCAGUGCCGAGUGCUCUUAACCACCAGGAACUGCAGUCUGACUGACUCAGUGAGCGGUCUACGCUUUAAGGUGCAAGUUGAGAGCGGUCUGGAUGAUGAGACGGCUCUCGAAAUUCUCGCACAGUAUGUGAACGGGAAAUCCCAGAAUCUUCCCGAGCACGCUCGCAACAUUGUGAAGGAAUGCAAAGGCUCUCCCCUGGUGGUAUCUCUGAUUGGAGCACUUCUCAGAGAGUUCCCUGGCCGCUGGGGUUAUUACCUUGAGCAGCUGAAAAAAAAGCGAUUUAAGCGCAUUCGCAAGACUUCCUCGUAUGACUACGAGGCUCUGGAUCAGGCCAUGGAUGCGAGUCUGCAGGUUCUUGAAGAAGAACAUCAAGAGCUCUACAAAGACCUGAGCGUGCUGGAGAAAGACGUUAAAGUGCCUGCCAAGGUGCUUUCUGUGGUCUGGGAUCUCGAGCUGGAGGAAGUGGAAGAUGUCCUCCAGGAGUUUGUGAACAAGUCUCUGUUGUUUCGGGAUUGUAACCAGCGGCCGUAUCUCUAUUUUUUACAUGACCUUCAGCUUGACUUUCUCACAGAGCAAAACCGGACUCAGCUACCAGAUCUGCAUGCUAAAGUGGUCUGUCAAUACCAGAAAGCGUACGAAAAAAUCCCACCCCUCUCAGGAGACGUGGAGGAGUUGUAUUGGUAUCGAUUCUUGCCGCAUCACAUGGCAAAGGCAGGCAUGUCCAAGGAGCUUUACUCCCUCAUGUUUUCACUAGACUGGGUGAAAAAUAAGGCUCGGGUCAUGGGAUCUGCACACCUAAUCAACGAUUACGUGGAGCAUGGUGACAUUCUUGAUAAAGAAAACAGCGAGGUACGGCUGCAGUUUCAGGAGUUCCUGUCUUUAAACGGACACCAGCUGGAGCAGAGGCCUUUCCCUGAUGUGGUGCAGCUGGCCCUGGCUCAGCCUCACUCCUCUGAGGUCUACAGGCAGGCUUUACUGCAGGCGCAGGGGAGGGCCAGCAGGGGCCAGCUCUACCUAGACUGGGUGAACAAGAGCGGUCUGAAAAGCCUGUCACGGCUUGUGCUGCAUCCUCACCAGAACUCUGUCAACUUCGCCUGCUUCUCUCGGGAUGGCAGCAAAAUCGCCUCCUGUGGAGCCAGCAAAACACUGGGGGUGUUUAAGAGUACCUCUGGAGAGAAGGUCCAGGAGAUUCAGGCUCAUGAUGAUGAAGUAUUAUGUUGUUCUUUUUCCCCUGAUGACCGUCAGAUAGCAACCUGCUCAAGUGACAGGAAGGUUAAGAUAUGGAAUUUAGAGAAAGGCACACUGGUGCGUGAGUUUGAUGUGGAGCACGAGGAGCAGAUUAACCACUGCCAGUUCACCAACACGAACCGACGCAUCCUUCUAGCCACCUGCUCGGAUGACAAUUUCCACAACACCAAGUUGUGGAACAUGAACAAGCAAUCGUCUCAGAACACCAUGUUUGGACACACAGAUGGCGUCAAUCACUGUUGCUUCUCUCCGGACGACACUUAUCUCGCCACCUCGUCCAGCGACGGAAUGCUGAAGCUGUUUGAGGUGGCCUCUGCAAACGAGUGUAAGACCAUCAACAUCUCCGAUUUGUUUGCAGAGAGUGAUGAAAUGACCAUAGCUGUGAAGUGCAGCACGUGGUCAGGCGACGGCAAGCGCAUCAUAUGUGCUGCAAGGAAUGCAGCCUUUGUAUUUGACAUAUCCACAAUGAGCAUGUUGUUGGAGAUUCGGACCAGUCGUCUAAGCACGGUGCAGUACUGUCAUGCCUGUCCCAACAGCCAGCUACUCGCCUUAGCGCUCUCACACUACACUGUAGAGCUGUGGGACUUUGAAGCUAAUAAGAAGAUGUCUGAGUGCAGUGGGCACCUGAGCUGGGUGCCUUGUGUGCAGUUAUCUCCCGAUGGCUCGCUCCUUCUUUCAGCCUCCGAUGACCAGACCAUCAGACUGUGGGAGACCGAGCGUGUGCACACAUCUUUAGCCGUGUCUCUAAAGAGGGACUUUGACGUUCUCUUUAGUCAGGAGGUCGUUACCGUGGCAGCAGCUGACAGCCUGAACAGGUUACAGGUGCAUUCAGGCGUGGAGUGUAAGGUCGUACUAGAGACUGCCAAACAGAAAUCAAGGAUCCGUUGUGUGAGUAUCUGCAGGAAGACUCCUGUUCUGGCGCUGAGCAUGGAGGAUGGCAGCGUGCAGGCAGGAAGAAUGAGUGCUAGUGAUGUGCUGAAGAGCGUUGGGUGGAGAGUACUGCAGCUGUUUAGCCUACAGCAUAACGUACAGCGUACCUUAGUGCUGGCACUAGGUCUAGAGCUAGGAACGGUACAGGUGCUUGAGGUUCCCUCUGGUAACAUUUUAGCAACACUUCAUGGUCACACCAAGACCGUACACUACUGCGUCUUCACUGAUGAUGGACAAACCCUUAUCACAUCCUCAGAGGACACUACAAUCCGGGUGUGGACGUGGAUGACAGGAGAGUGCCUGAUCUUAAAAGGUCAUACGGAGCCUGUUAGAAAGUUUUUUCUUCUGAACUCCUCCUCUUCAUCCUCCGCUGUGCUAUCAUGGUCAUUUGAUGGCACCGUGAAGGUGUGGGAUCUGAAGUCUGGGAAGAUCCUCCAGGACUUGACUUGCCAACAAGGUGCUGUUUUGUCAGGUGAUGUCUCCCCUAAUGGACAACUCUUCUCCACCACUUCAGCAGAUAAAACAGCAAAGGUAUGGAGCUGUUCAUCAUGGAAGAUGUUCUGCACCUUGGAAGGCCACAACGCCUGUGUGCGUAGCUGCCGGUUCUCCUGGGACAGCAAGCGCCUUGCUACUGGUGAUGACAACGGAGAGAUCAGGCUAUGGAACAUAAUGAAUGGUGGAAGCCUGCUUAAGAUCUGUUCCCGGGAGAGCAAGGACUCAAUGGAUUCCUUCCACGGAGGCUGGGUGACUGAUUUGCACUUCUCUCCAGAUAACAAGGUCCUGGUAUCUACUGGCGGAUACAUCAAGUGGUGGAGUGUGGACAAAGGAGAAGCCCUGCAGACCUUCUACACCACAGGAAACAACCUGAAGCGUAUCUGCGUCUCGUCUGACUUCAAAACUUUUGUCACCAUCGACAACAUUGGCAUCCUGUACAUCCUGAAGCAGGUGGAACGAGGACAGCUUUAGGACGGGGGGAAAAAUCCAGACUCAUAAAUCAUUUCCUGGGUUUUACGUCAGACCUGUCUCCAACUUUUUCAGAAGAAGUAGUUUGUUUUGUGAUCUCAGUCAGAAUAUGACCUGCUGUACAUGUGUUCUGUUGCUUUGUGCAAGCAAAUGAGUGCUUUUCUAGGACAAUCUUUGUCUUUCUGUUCUAAUUUAAGACGUUCUCAAUGACACCACGUUGGAGGGGAAAAGAAGUACUGCAUCAUCGUGCCUCAGCAUUUGAUCCAAAGCCUUAAAAGCUUAAAAACAAAAAAAGUAUUGAAAACACAAUCUCUUACGCCUCAUGUGCAGGCGUUUAUAUACAUGUAAUAUUUUAAUAAGAUUAAAACCAUUCAUUUAGAAUCUGAGAGCUGAAGAAAGGGAAAUAAGCAAUUAUAUUGAACUUUAGACCUUAAUGAAAGCCAUUGAUCAGGUACAGUAGCUUUGCACUGUCGAUAUUCCAGCCUUGUAUAUUUUCUACAGAGUUUACAGCCACAGCUGAAUCAGAUGCUGAUGAUAAAAUUAAAGCAAGUCAUGAAAUCAUUCAAGGUCAGUGCCCUAAAAUAAAAUAAAGAAAGAAUAAGUUCUGGUCACAACAGAAAAUCUGAUAGGAUAUUAGGGACAAUACUUGAAUAAUAACUGUGAAAAAAAUUGAAAAACAUAUUAAUUGUUGGUGCAUAAUUAUUUUGAUUAUUUAUUUCAAUGUCAGCGUCUGGAAAUGAAGGUGUUCUCACACACCUACACACUUGCACUGCUGGUCAUGGAAUAUAAGUGUGAACUCAGGUGAAACUGAUCUUAGUGUUUUGCAUCAUACUUUUUACAACACACUUUUCUAUAAACCUGUUAGAUGUUUUUUUUUUUAUCUACACACCAGGAUAUCCAAAUUUUGUUGUACUCUGUAGAAUGACAAUAAAGCCUCCUCCUCCUU